AUGCGCCCAGUCACCGGUCUCGCCCUCUCAACGUUCGUAACGCUUGUCUCUGCUGCAAUCCAGUUGCAGAGCGCAUCGCCAGCUUUCGAUGCUGCUGGAAGACAGGGUUGUAUCUCUGCCACCGCCAACGAAGAUGGUUCUCCCGUCAUUAUCCACGACUGCAACACUGAAGACUCCUCUAAGCAUGCUUGGGAUCUCUCGCUUUUCUCCAAGGAAAACGCCGGACCCCAGCAGAUCAAGAUAUUCAAAGACUUGAUGGAGAAGUGUUUGGACGUCAAAGACGGUAUUGUGGCAGACGGUACCAAGCUUCAAGUUUGGACUUGUGGGGAUGGAAACCCGAAUCAACAAUGGAUUUCCGUGAACGAUUUCACCUUCCGUUUGAGCGGCACCACAAAGUGUGUCGACCUCACUGACGGCAACAUCACCGACGGCAACCAACUUCAAAUCUGGGAGUGCGAUAGCCAGAACACGAACCAGAAGUUUAUUGGGGAACCGGUCGGAAACGCUAUCAGUCCUCCGUCUAGACUCGUUGGAGGCCCUGCCGAUCCCAACCGACCUUCUCUCUGCAUGACUGCUGAAAACCUCAACGACGGAGCCGGCGUUUCGCUAUCUGUCUGCGGUCGAGCCUGGGAGACGUUCCCCGCCGGAAAUCAAACCUGGAUCGUUCCAGUGUCCCCUUUGACUGGUCCCAUCAGACUUCAUGUCGCCAACAAGUGUUUGGAUACACGAAGGGAAGACGCAACGAACGGGUAUCUGCUUCAGAUCACGGAAUGCGUGGUGGGAGACCCCAAACAACAGUGGAAGGUUGACUCGCCGAACACGAUUUCUUGGGUUGGACAUAACAAGUGUGUUGAUAUCACGAAUGGAAACAUGGCAGCCGGGACACCUCUUCAGAUUUGGGACUGCGACGCUUCGAACCCCAAUCAACAAUGGUUUUUGACUCAAUCGUUUUAG